GAUUCCGUGAAUAAAUUGAGAGGAUAUUUGUGAAUAGCGUCAUAAGUGUUAUUAAAGAGUUUUUUAAGGAUUGUGACAUCAAGAUGGCGAGUGUUCCGCCUUAUGGCAACUACCAACCGCCUGGUCCAGGCCUGCCUAACCAGGCUCCAGCACCACCAACGCAGCAGUACUCCCAAUCCCCUCACCUCCAACAAUACUCUUCACCUCCACCUCAACAAUACGUGCCUGGUCAACAGCCGAACUAUCAAUCGCCUCCUCCCGGACACGCACAGCAGGCUUAUCAGACCCCGCAGCCGCCCCCAGCGCAAUAUGCGCAAUCGCCGUAUGGACACCCUCAGCAGUACGCGCCAGGCCAACAGCACAACUACCAGUCCCCUCCUGCGCCAGGCCCUCAAGUGAUCCAGCCCUCACAAUCGCCCCAGGUUCAACACCCCCAAUUGCCUCAAGGUCAAUAUCCUCAGCAGCAGACUCCAGGUCAGCAGCCCAACUACCAAGCAUCGACCUACGGCGUCGCAGCCCCGCCAACACCUGCUCAGCACCAGCAGCAGUACCAGCAACAAGCAGCUCAAUUCGGGACUCGACCUUCGGCACAGGCCCAACUUCAAUCAACCGCUCAAUCUCUCUUCAAGUCUGGAAAAGGAAUUUUGGGCAAUCUUGCUAGCAACAUCAAGUCAAAAUACCCUGCUUCUUCACCUUCCGGUGCUCCGACAAGUUCUGGGACCUCAUACACUGGAGAGGCGCCGAAGCCGACCUACAAUCCAGCACAGCAUCCUACGCAAACGCCUUUGAGUCCGACAAACUCAUUCCCGCCAGGCUAUGGCCAAACUCAGCCUCAGCAGGCGUAUGCCAAUCAGGCGCCGCCGACACCACAGCAGAGCGUUCCGCCCGCUGCACCAGGCUACCCUCCGACUCAGCACCAGGCAGCGCAAGUGGCAUCGCCAUCUCAACACCCAAGUGCGCCUGGUCAACCGCCUCACCUGAGCUGGCAAGAGCGUUUAGAGGCUGCUCAACGUCCCAAUCCGGACUUUCAGCAAUCGCACGCGAAUGUUCACGCGGGUGUACCAGGCGCGGUCCCUCAGCCGCUGGUUCAAUCACCAUCAGUUGCUUCGCCAUAUCCCCAGCCCGUGUUGCAUCAUCAGCAGUCCAAUCCAAAUGAGCCUACAGCUGCACCACCUACCAAUCAACCUCUUUCACAAGGAUCAGCCUAUGCCGGCCCACCUGGGUACGGUCCGAACCCUCCUCAAGCGCUUUCGCCGCACCAACAUCACCAGAGUGCUCCUCCUCAGCUUCAACAGCAGGCAUCAUGGCCACAACAGGGAGGUGUGAGUACUCCAUACAACCCGGCACUACCAUCGCCUCCGCCUCCACCACAGACAGCUCCCCAGCCUGGUCCUCAAGUUGGCCCGCCCGGUCAUGACUCUCAUGGUGUACCACCACAGCCGCAGUACCAGCAGCAAGCUGCCCAAUCAUCGCCUUAUCAGGCUACCCCUGUUGGUGCUACGCACAGCCCGCAUCAGGUCCUCCCGCCCCAGCAGCCCUACCAGAGUCCCCCUCCCCAAGGGUACCAGCAACAGCAAGCGCCUGUCCCGUACAACCCGAUAGCUGCUUCGGGGAUGUCGCCAACAGCGCAUGCAGCGCCUGUCCCGCCAGCUCAGAGCCUUCCCACGAGCCACCCGCAAAGUCCUCCUGCAGCGCAGUCACCGCACCAGCAACACCAAAGCCCACCAUCGCAGCAGCCAGCUGGCCAAUCGGCAGUAACUCAGCACGUGCAGCCGCCUUUUCAGGGCACUUCCGGACCUCACGGGCAUCCUUAUACAACAAACCAGGGGCAAGUCCCUCAGACUGGAGGUGCGCCCGUCGAUGUCCAGUCUGUUCCUCCUCCAGGUCAAGCUCAUACCUACCCGCCUCCACCACCUCUUAAUCAACCGCAACACAAUGUACAAUCUGUCGCAGCCCCGGCACCAAACCAAUUCCAACCUUAUAGUCCACCUGUUGACCACCAGGCUCCACCGGCCCAAUAUGCGCAGCAUCCCCAAUUCGCAGCUACAGGCCCUCCGACUUCUCAGCAUUAUACGUCACCUCCUAAUCCGCCAACCCCAGCUGGCGCGGUCAGUCAUGGACGAGUGCCUGCAGAUUCUCCAACAACGAUAGCAGGUCAGAACUUCCAGCCCUACCAGCCUGCUCCCGAAUUGUCAAGCUCUCAGCUACCGGAGGUGAUUACGAAUAAUGUGCCUAGCCAGCCCGCUGCUUACGGCUAUCAACAAGAUCCCGUCGCUUCCCUCUCUGCUCAAAUGAACAAUCUGAACGUUCUGAACAGCGGUCAUCCUCCAACAGCGCCCAGUACUGGCCCGACCGCACAACAAGAUGGGCCCCGGGGACCGCCGUCCUGCCAAGCCACUGGCAUGUCCAGCGACAUUCUCCCAUAUUGUCCCGAAGACAGAAUCGUGAGCUACUCGCUUGAUUGGUAUCGAUUCAUUGCUGUGCCACAGUAUCUCAUUUGCACGAGGUGCUACGCCGACUAUGUUCAGAGCACUCAUCUCGCGAGUCACUUCGAGAGGUACCAUUCGCCUGAGGGCACAGAGUCCAAGUGCGGCUUCUGGUCUCCUCGCGCACGAGAGGUGCUCUGGCCUCAGGCUCUUCAGACCAACGACGUCAGACCUCUACAGGCAUGGAUGGAGAAGAGCUUGACUCUCAAACCAUGCAAGGGUAGAGUCUGGACCAUGGCUGCUGAUGAGAUCAAGUGGUGGGGCAUGGUCAAUAACGAGAUUGACGGGUUCAUAUCGUGCGACGCUUGCUAUGAGGAUCACGUCGUCGGCACCGCCUUCGAGUCUCGCUUCCAGCCAUACCGCCAGCAGGGCCAAGACGAAAAAUGGAUGUGUGAUUUGUGCAUUCCCUACAUCGCCAAAACGGCAGUCAAAAUGGCAAAGCAGAACCACUGGAACGGCUUUGUAGAAGCUGCCAAGGUGCGCAUUCAUCUUCCCCUGUGCGAAGGUAGGGAUGAGGAGUCCAACAGUGGGCAUUGGAUGCUACCCCGACGCAGGAUCAAGGACAUGACCGUCUGCGAGGCAUGUUAUCUGGAUAAACUCGCGUUUACACCAUUUGGCAACGAGUUUGAACGUCACAUUCGUGCAGAAGGCUUCGACGCCUUCGUUGAGUCAAUUGGCCAGAGAUGGAAGUGCAAGCUCACUGAUACGGCUGUCAACAUGAGUAUUGCGCUCGAAGCAGCCAUCUAUCGUCGAGACUUUGACGUCUUCUGGAACGCAGCUAACGCUAUAUGUGGCCUAGUUCCAUGUACUAUUCACGGAAUCGUGCGUGGUAACUGGUGGACUGUCGCUGGAGGAUGUGCCGACUUCGACGUGUGCGAAGCUUGUUAUAAGGGAAUUGUCGAGACAUCUAACCUUGAGAGGUUCUUCGAGCCUGCUCAGCGUGAUCAAACCCUCGACAUCGUUUGCAACUUUUGUCCCGGUACUCCUCGAUGGGGCAUGUUCAUCCAGAAGUUCGCCGAAGCUCUUGAUAAGGGUGUCUUCAGUCACUACUCUGACUAUGUCAAGAAAUGGGCCGGAGUCCCGACAUGUCCAGGUAUCAAGAACAGAGGCAAGAGUAAAUGGUGGGGACACCCUGAAGCUCUGGCCUGUCAAGACUGCUGGUUGAACUUUAUGGCCGAUACUCCAUUGGGCGAUUCUGUUCCCGUCAAGGGCGUUUACGAUGAACGCACCUUGAUCUGCCAGCUAUGGUCUCCAAGAAUGCGCAACAUGUGGCUCGCAGCUUGUGCUGCCGGACCUCCUGGAUCACCUGAAUCACAAAAGGCCCUGGAUGAGUUCAAAGCAUUUGGAACAAGGCGUGUUCAGGUGUAUAACGCGACAGUACCUCACAUCGAGAUGAUACAGCAGAUGAUGAUGAUGAAGCAGAUGCAGGCUAUGCAGCAGGGGCAGCUGAGCUUGAUGUACCAGGGCAUGAAUGGCAUGGCAUCUAUUAGUGGUACUACGGACGGGUACUUGCAUGGGAACAGUUCUGUUGGAUACUAUGAGACUGAGCAUGGAGUCACAGCGGCGAAUAUGAUGAACAAUAUGCAUGCUGGGAUGGCGGAUGCGAAUAAGAUGAGUGAUUGGCAGCAGAUUGCGCAGCUGCAAGCUACUUGGAUGGAGGUUGAGUAAUCUGGUUCUUUGUAGUUGGAUAACUUUUUCUCCAUAGCGUUUCGCAUGAUCAUGAUCUUCAUCAAUUGUCCUGUUCUUCUAAAGAUAGUCGUGGGUCUUCGUGUAUCUAAUGCCCAUCCCA